AUGCUCGCAAUACAGAAAAGCAAAAGCCAUAAAGGGCAAUGCACGCCUAAUGUCCUGCCCUGCCGCGUCAACCACAAUGGUCCUGUUAAUGCGUCGAAAAGAUACUGGGAGGUGCGAACGAGUGUCGAUAACAAACCAACGUCCUAUUUCCGCGGGCGCAAACUACAUGGCAAGAAAUUGAAGAUGCCGAAAGGGUAUCGGGGCAUAGUCGUUUCAAGUACGGAUAGGAUACUGCCGGCGGACGGUGAUGGAGAUGGGGAAGGGGAGGAGAGCCCUGAGGUAAAGGUUAUGGAGGAGCAGGCUGGGUUUAGGGAGUUGAUGAUUUGGGGGCAUGAGGCGUUGCCGGAUGGGUUGGCGGAUCCGUAUGUGAGGGGUGUGGAGGAGUGGGUUGCGUUUGCGGAACAGAUUCAUUUAUUAUCGGAUGAUGAUGAGGAAGUCGAAGAGAAAGAGCGAGAGAAAGAGAAAAAUGCAGAGGGGAAUAAGGAAUAA